AACCUAUAUGGUAAUCUUAAAAAGCUUUUCUUUGUAAAAUUCUACGUGUUUCCAUUGUGUCCCAGAUAAAUUGAAUUCAUUAUCAAAUCAGUAUUUUGAAAUUUAUCAACGAUAUACUCACAGAUACCAUAAUGAAAGAGAAAAGUACCAUGAAUAUAACUCAAGAUGAUCAAAUCAAUAAAGUAACCAAUAUGAGUAGUAGUUGUCUGAAUUGUAUCAGAAGUCGUACAACAAUAUUGAUUAUUGUAUUUAUUGCAUUACUUCUAGAUAAUGUAUUAUUAACUACUAUUGUUCCAAUUAUACCUAAAUUAUUAAUAAAUAAAGAACUAAUAGAAACUAAUUGUACCCAUGGGAAUUGUUCCCAUUCAACUAUUCACACCAUUGAUAAUUAUAAUCCACAUAUUAAAAUUGGUAUACUAUUUACUGUUAAACCACUUGUACAGUUCUUAGUGAAUCCAUUUAUUGGUCCAAUUACUAACAGAAUUGGUUAUAGUAUUCCAAUGUUUACUGGAUUCAUACUCUUGUUUAUAUCAAUAAUUAUUUUUGCUUUUGAAACAAAUUUCUACAUUUUAUUGAUUGCCAGAGCUAUUCAAGGUGUUGGAUCAGCAUGUUCAUCUGUAUCCGGAAUGGGAAUGUUAGCCACUUAUUAUAUUGAUGAAACAGAACGUGGUCGCGCAUUUGCUAUUGCUUUAAGUGGACUUGCUAUAGGGUUAUUAAUUGGUGCCCCCUAUGGAGGAAUUACAUAUCAGUUUAUAAGUAAACAAGCACCAUUUCUCAUUCUGGCUAGUAUAACUGUUGUUGAUGGAAUUCUACAACUGUUAGUCUUGAAACCAAAGAUUCAACGUGAAAGUCAAGAAGGUUCAAAAUUAACUGAAUUGUUAAAAGAUCCAUAUAUUUUAGUAGCAGCUGGUUCAAUUACAUUUGGUAAUCUUGGUAUGUCUGUAUUAGAACCAACUUUACCAUUAUGGAUGAAAACUAGAAUGAAUUCUACAGAAUGGCAACAAGGUAUUGCAUUUCUACCAGCUAGUUUAUCAUAUCUAGUUGGUACAAAUAUAUUUGGACCAAUUGCACAUAGAAUUGGUAGUGGAUAUAGUGCAGGUUUAGGUUUAUUAAUUACUACUGGAUGUUUAAUAGCAGUACCGUUUUCAAAACGAAUGGAACAUUUAAUAGCGCCUAUGUUUGGUUUGGGAUUUGCUGUUGGCAUGGUUGAUUCAUCAAUGAUGCCAAUCAUGGGUUAUUUAGUAGACUUAAGACAUGUUGCAGUCUAUGGAAGUGUAUAUGCUAUUGCAGAUGUGGCAUUUUGUCUUUCAUUUGUAGUUGGACCAAUUGUUGGUGCUAUACUGGUGAAAUUCUUAGGUUUUAAUUGGAUGAUUUGGAUUACUGCAAUCAUUUGUUUUCUCUAUGCUCCUUUAACGUUAUUUCUCAGGAAUCCAUCAGAAAAAGAGACAAGUAAUUUAGAGAUAACAGUUUGUAAAUCUAUUUCCAGUUUAGAUGAAUAACCGGGAACUGUCAUUCAAUUAAAAAUGCUGUCCUUUCAAGUGGUAUUCCCUUUUUCGACGGCUACCUCCGAUAUUCAGCGCAAAAUGCCUUUAGAUCUACAUUUUCUCAUUCAACGUUGACGACUCCAGGUUGGGGCUUUCCUCGUGAUGCAGUUCGGUGAUUUUCGUAAUGUAUGUCCUAUAUGCUUCCAACAUCUUUUCCUGAUUUCCUCCAUAGCCGGAAGCUGAGGGAUGCUGCUGACGGCAUUUGGUCUCCGAGUGCUAUUCAUGUUUUGAUAUCUGCCUUCGAUACUCAGCUCAAUGUACUCUUUGACCUAUCUACCAAAAUUCACGACUCCAAGUUGGGGCUUUCCUCUGGGUGCGUUUUGAUGGUUUCGGUAAAGUGUUGUACCCACCCUAAGUACCUUUUUUAAUUUCUUCUUCAGCUGGGAGCUUGUCUUUCCACUCUCAUAGAGUAAUGUUGAUGAUGAUAUAUGGCCAAAGGACAUUCAGUAUCUUUAUAGACAAUUGUUUAUAAAUACCAGUACGUUUUUGACGACGAUUGAAACAGUUCACUAAAUCUCAGCUCAAUAUAAUAGAACUGUCUUGAUGUUUGUAUUGAACAUACGGGGUUUGGUGUUGAGUGAUGGUCGUUUUGAGUUUCAUAUGUUCUUCAAUUAUGGGAUCAAUUAAUUUGUUAUCCCUUCCCAUUUGAAUCAAGUCCUCAUAGUUUAUCAACGGUGCUGCUCAGAUAUGUAAGGCCUUCAGCCGCUGCCAGAGUUUCUCCAUCAAGUAAGAUCUGUUUAAUGCUCUGCUUUUCCUCUUGUAUGUUUCAAGACCUGAUGUUGCGGAAGCUGUUGCUUCAGUGAUUUAGUCCAUCUGAAUUUGUCGAUGUGUAC